CAAUAUGUAGCUGAAAUGAUUAACAUUAAAUUAACUUAGUUUCACUACAAGAAAUUAAAGUUAAAGUGGUUUAUUUCCUCAAGGGUUCUUGUCUUGUUUUUGUGCGGCUACGAGUCACAGCCCUGAAUCCUGCUGUUACGUCACUCACGGUAUCAGUUACCAGAUGUUCAGGUAAAGCCACACCAAGUAAAAAAAAUGUAAAGCCACGCCCACCGUGAUAUUACACAGUCUUGAGGUAGUAGUAACUGCAUAUCGUGCCAAACGUAGCGAAGUACACACACGGUUUUUUUACUUAAAUUUUCAUUUCUCAGUUUUUGUGUUGAUACACUAGAUGUUGUUUUAAUUAUUGGACUGUCUCUUGUUGUAAGAUGUUGCUGUAUAUCCUGCUGUCCGCCUGUAUUGGCACUGUGCACAUGUAUUCUCAUGGAGUAGUCCCCAGUGCUUGUUCAUCUAUGACACCAGAUCAUAAGGUCUCUUCUCAGACCAGCAGUCCUCCGUACACGGUUACCGCCGUGCCGACCAGCUUCAAGGAGGGCGAUGAAAUCACAGUAACACUACGCGCAGUAUCAGGAGAUUUUGAAGGCUUCAUGUUACAAGCACGUAGAGUGGGAAUGAGCACACCGAUCGGCACCUUCACUGUGACAAACACUGCAGAAGCACAAGGACUCACCUGCUCUGAAGUGGCUAAUAGUGCAGUUUCUCACAAAACAGGCAGUGACAAGACUGUAAUUGAAGUUAAAUGGAAGGCCCCUACAUCUGGACCGCUCAGCAAUGUAGAGUUCCGUGCCACAUUUGUUAAAAGUAAAACAACUUUUUGGGAGGGUGUGAAGAGCUCUGCGAUAACAUACACGGGCACAUCGACACCUGUUACUGCAGCCCCAACCGUACCUACAUCAUAUUCUGGGUGUGGGGAAAGCAAAGUCUGUUUCAGUCAGCCUGACAACUGCGACCCAACUACCAACACUGACUGUCACUUUGUGUCGAUUCAAUCAUCCAGCCUGUCAGAAAUGCAGGUGCAAAUAUUCGGCCCGAGUAACGGAUACGUCGCGAUUGGGUUUUCCGAUGACCAAGAAAUGGGCAAUGAUGACAUCUAUAUAUGUGGUAAAGACACCAAUGGCAAACCCCAAGUGCAACAUGCAUUUUCCACCGGAACAAGGGCUCCAAAUAUUCUCUCACUGGGGAAUGUCUCUGAUAUCCAGACAGCGAUUACAAAUGGAGUGUUCAAUUGCUCUUUUACGUCUCGUAACGGCAUCAGCACGGCAAGUAGAGCAACGCCUGGCAGCGAAUACUUCCUCAUGAUCGCUUCUGGACCCAGCAGUCAAGGUAGCAUCCAGCAACACACCAAGACAUUCGUCAGCCAAGCCAAAGCUGAUUUAUUAAAUCCAACUGUGAUUGGCAGUGAAGAAUAUCCGGCUAUUGUUAAAGCCCAUGGUGCCCUGAUGCUGAUCGCCUGGAUGACCACAGGCAGUGUGGGUAUGCUCAUAGCGCGCUAUUUAAAAGCAGUCGGCAAAGGGAGAGGAUGUUGUGGUAAAGACUUCUGGUUUUUGGCUCACGUGACUUUGAUGUCCCUGUCGAUUAUUGCCACAGCUAUUGCUUUUAUAAUCGUAUUUUCUUAUGCCCAAGAUUGGGCUGGGGGAGCUCAUCCGGUCCUGGGCUGUUUGGUGAUGAUUCUCUCUUUAAUUCAGCCUAUAGUGGCAGCUUUACGCUGUGACCCGCAACACGAACAGAGAUUCAUCUUCAACUGGGCUCAUUCAUUCAACGCUCUGGCUAUCAAAGGUCUCGCAGUGGGAGCGAUCUUCACUGGUCUGGAACUUAUUAGUGAAGCAAAGGGUGAGGGGUGGAUGCUGGGGGUUAUGGGAGGUUUCGUGGCAUGGGAAGCUCUGUUGUACAUCUUUCAAGAUUUGCACAUGCGCGCCAGGAAAAAAGAUUCUACCAUUUGCUCUUUUGGAAUGAUGAACACUGAAGUGUUCCUGCUUGUCCUGUAUAUAUUGGGAAACCUGGCCUUCUUGAUAGCACUUCUUGUUGGAAUCGGCAGAGCUUAAGAAAUCCCAACAUGUCACAGAUAACCUCACUGGAUUAAAGCUGUUUUUCACUUUAUUAUGAGCAUUAUUAUGAAAACAAGCUAUUGAAGCCUAAAACCUGUCCAUUUUUAUAGGCCAGUAUAAUAUUAACCCUUUGCAUGAUGCUUAUUAUAUUUUUUAAUUUGAUCAUUUGUCUGGGUUGAUACCAAUCAGUGAUUUUCUGUCAUCAUUGUGCUCAUGAGAAAAGGAAUGAAGUUCUAGUUGUUUUUAGGACGCCGUCUCUGCAAUGACUGGACUGAACUGAUAGAUGCUCUUUGACAUGAAGUACAAUAAAGACUUUCAGUCCUCCACAAGAACAGUCAGGAAAUCAGAUUAUUUUGGUUCAGGGGUGAGGAUUGUACUUAUUACUAGUAUUAACUUAUUAAUAGUAAUUGCAUCCAAUAUUUGUAUACAUAGACUGCCAAUACACUGCUUAUAUUGUUGUAUAAUGGAAAACACUUAUUGUCAAAAGACUUGAAUCAGAAGAAGUCAUUGUUAUUUAAAGGUUUUUCAUGUGAUCAAAUGUGACAAAACCAUAAAAGUAUCAUAAAAGAUGUUUUUGCUGGGUUAUUUUCAACCCAGUGUUGAGUCUUUUUUUAUUAACCCAGAAAAUGUUUAUAUAUGACUCAACAAUGGGUUAAAACAACCCAGCAUAUUUUUUAUACCAACUCAACAGGUUGGGGUUGUCCCUCAUUGAAAAUAACCCGGCAUUUUUCUAUUACGGUUUCUUGACAUUUUACUGUAUUUUUUCAAACUGUGGUUUUGAGAAAUAAUCAAGAACUCUUAAACUGAUGUUUAUUUUUACAUGCUAUUAAAAAAAUAAACUGAAACUAUUUGUUUA